ACAAAAAAAAAUUCCAUAGGUGCAAUAGUAUGCAGGCGCAAUUGUCAUUGGUUCAAAUGUAAUGGAACCUCUAGAAUCAAAUGUUGACAAUUGUUGUAGAUGUUGUACAAAAGCAUUCAUGUAAUGGCCAUUACAUUCUGGUAAACAUAAUAGUGUUACUAAAUCGUAGGCUUGUUCAACAAACUAUCGCAUCAAUAUUUUAAAAUUUAUUCAAUCGGCAAUAAGCAAAAAUCUUGUGUGAAUCUUAACAAAUUUCAUAGCCUUGCAGUGUAAUAUAUAAUAUGCUAUUCAUUUAGUUUGAGCACUUCUUGUUUAUCAGGCCAGAUAUUUUAAAUUCUACUAAGGAUUCACUUUGUAGAAGAAGAACAUUUGAAUCCAAUGGCAGUACUCGGUAUAAUGUCAUUGGUUUAUUAGAAAAAUACAUCUGGCAUUGAUUAUAUCAUUUGAAGAUAACAAUGCAGUUGUACCUGGAACGGUGCAAUUAUCGAUUCAUUUUUGUGAACUUAAGGCGUUGAGAUCGUUUGAAAUAUCUGUCGAUUGGGCUAUUUGUGUUUCAAUGCUUGGUGUUAAGCGAGAAUAAAUAUUUUGUGCCUCUCGUCAACCAUUGAUGCUAUGUAUUUAAUCAGGUCACGGAGUUGAAUACAUUUAAACCUCAAUAGAAAAGAAUGUAUUUUAGUUUAUAGCAAACGCUUAUUAAAUUAUUACACUCUUGUUGUAUAUAUGUUCUACAACAUGUAAUGCGUUAUUUUUAUGUGUCGGUGAUAAAUAUACAUCAAAGCUCGCAAAUAGAGGGUCUCUUUCGUGGUAAAAGAUAAUCUUACAUUGAGAAUUUGCAAAGUUGUGAACAUUGGGUUGCUGAUCAAUGUUCAGAAGAAUUAAAUGGAUCACUCCAAUGAAAACUUGAAACCGGUUUCGAAAUUUCUCGAAUUCAUUUGCACACGCAGGAUCUUUUUUUUGUCUUGAUAUAUUUUACCUCCGAAAAAUUUACGAGAUAAAUUAUACAAUCAACAUACCAUGUUUCACUUCAUUUGUAAAACAUAAUAUAUAUGAAAGCUUUUUGGGUUGAAUGCCUCGCGAUUUCACUUGUGGAAAAUUUUUAAGAACGAAUCGUUCAGAUCUAUUUCGCAAAUCAUUCAAUAGAUGAAUCAGAUUUUGUCAAUCAUAGUUGCAGUUUAAUUCUGAUUCAACUGAAUGUUUGUUCAUUUUUGAAUAAUGUUUGAAUUCAAUUCAAACAACAAACAAUUACUUUUAUUAAGCAUUAAAGCUACCGGGUACGCGCAUCAUCACAGGCAAAUAGUUAACAUUUUAUAGUCACAAAUGACUGAGUGCAUUCAUUCACAAAAACAUGAUAAAAAAGGGGUAGUUGCUUUUUUAUAUUCUAUUGUCAGAAUUUUAUAACAGAGCGGUGCAAUGAUUUUUAUUUGAAUUUAGAGUAGUGAGAAAUUUGGCAUGAAUUGCUGCAACAAUCUGACCUAUCCAUUUCAGCAACAAUUUUCCUUCCUAUUCGAGGUAAACGUAUAAAAAAUGACUGAUUUUAUGUCGUCAAUUUGCCUUUUUAUAUGGUUAAAUUUUUUUAUAUAUGAUUGCUGGUUGUAAUUUUGUUAAAACAUAAUAUUCAUGCAACCCUAUGUUUAGCUUCAAUAGUUUCAUAAAUUAAAUAUUGGACAGAAUAAUGGACAGAAUAAAAUGGCUCUUAUCUCAAAUUGCAUUCGUCAGCUUCUUUAUCGUAGCAAUCAAUGGAAAGUUGGAUGUCUCGAUGAGUAAAGACGGAUAUCACGUUGCUGAUGUGUAUGAAUACUUGGAGAAUCCUCUCUCAAAAAUGACGGAUCGUACAGAGUCAUCCGAUAAACUUGUUGGCUACACGGGGAGUGAAUUCUUGAAAAGAGAAGUUCUAAAAGUCGGUUCAAAUGUUUACGUAGCUAUUGGGUUUGCGCUAGCGAAUUCAAUCAUGAUUGAAGGUGAUGACGGAAUAAUCAUUGUUGAUACAACGGAAAGUACGGACAGUAUGCAGGAAAUUUUAACAGAGUUUCGAAAAAUUACUACAAAACCUGUUGAAGCGGUUAUUUAUACACAUUUUCAUGGGGAUCAUUAUCGAGGCACUCUUGUUAUUGUUGAAGAAAGGGACAAAUUGUAUCCAAAUGCAACCAUAAAUAUUUAUGCUCAUGAUACAACAGAAUCAUUCAUUAUCCAAAGGAUUGAUCCGAUGUUUGAGAUUACUCUGAAACGAGCUCUAAGGCAGCUUGGACAUCUACUUCCUAAGUUUGAAGGCGCCAGAACCGGAUCCGGAUUAGGACCAGAGUUCAGAUCGGACUCAUCUAAUGCUCGAUACACAGGAAGACCGACGAUUACAUUUUCUGACCGGGAGAAAUUUAUAGAAGCGGGCAUUGAAUUUGAGUUGCUUUUCACACCUGGUGAGACAGAUGAUCAGAUCACGGUAUGGCUUCCAAAUGAAGGAGUUGCAAUGCCGGGCGAUAACAUCUACAAAACGUUUCCAAACCUGUAUGCAAUCAGGGGCAGUCCAGCACGAGAUUGCAAGCAGUGGUAUCAAAGUUUGGACAGAACACGAGCCCUAGGAGCGAAAUAUUUGGUUAUGUCUCACACUAGACCGAUUGUAGGAAGAAAAGAAGUUUAUGAUACCUUGUUGGUAUAUAGAGACGCUAUAAAAUAUGUGAAUGACCAGACGAUACGGCUCAUAAACAAAGGAUACCUGCCUGGGGAAAUUGUCGAAGAAGUUCAACUACCUGAUAAAUUGUUUGAACACCCUUUCUUACAGCAACAUUACGGAACUGUCGAAUGGUCCAUUAAAGGAGUUUUCACCAACAUGAUGGGAUGGUUUAGUGGUGACCCCAAGGACUUGCAUCCGAUGAGCGAGAUUGAUCGUUCUGUACGACUUGUACGUUUACUAGUAAACGCCCAAACAAACAAAGCCUGUCCUAUUGAAGUUAUGCUUCAAGAAGCCGAAAUAUCUCAUAAAAACUCACACAGCCAUUACAUUUCGACAGGAAAGCAUUUAGUCACUGAAGACAAAUGGGCGUUAGAGCUUGUAGACUCCAUUCUUGUUCUAGAUGGCCUGGAAGACUCCGUCAUUGAAACCGCUCGCCGAAUUAAAAUUAGUGCUUUAACAGCCCUUGGAGUUGAAGAAGUUAGUGCAAAUGGAAGAAAUUACUAUCUCACAUACGCGAUGGAAAUAGAGAAAAACUUAUCGCUUGUGCGGUCGAAAGAAUCCAGAGCAUUUUCUAUAAAAAGAUCUCCGAUUGACAAAAUUUUGGAGUUACAAUGCUUAAAAGUGAAAGGUUUAGAAUGUCAACACGAAAAUUACGUCAUCGUAUUAGUAUUCACUGAUAUAGAGAAAACUUUUGUAGUGACAUUACGCAACAGCGUUUGUGACAUCACGGAGCCUGUGUUAGAUGAAGUCAUCGGAGAUGUUUGGUUAUCCACUACAUCCGAUGUAUACCGAGAUAUACAAGCUGAAUAUACGGAAUUGGAUGAGGAGAUUGCACUCGGAAAUGUGAAAGUAACGAAAGGCAGUUUGAAUUCAUAUAUCAAUUUUGUGAAGUGUUUCGAUCCAGUUAAUUCUUUAUAAUUGGUAUGAGGAAAAUAAUAUUUCCAUGCCGUAUAUAACUGGAAACAAUAAUUGGAUAUUACUUACAGCAAACGGAUUUAUAUUUAAGCUCAAUGAUUUCAUUUAACUAACAUGAUCAAAUCAAAAGAGAAAAUCGCUCUAUGCCUCAAUUUAAAUAUUGAAGUUACUUUGCAAACGGUGAAUUCAUCUUGAAA